UUCUCUGUCGCGUGACCGAUGUUUUCGUUGUGUCUCUUCCGUGUUGCGGUUCCUGGCUGUUUUCGCCGCGUCAUGUGGACCUUCAGAGCCGCGCAGUGACCCCCUCGUCCCCCCGCCGGCUGCUUCGAGCGCUCCUCCCCGCGGCUCGUCUCUUCAGGUCCCCGCUGGGAAGCGAUGGCGGACGGGGAGCGGUCCCCACUGCUGUCCGAGCAGCACGACGGAACCAGCGGCUACUCCCCCAGCGGAUACCCGCCUCAGCCUCACAGUUUGCCGCCGUUCCCCAGCUCGGUGGCGCCGGGCGAGCCGCCGCCGCCGUACUCGCCGCACGGCAGCCCGGACAGCAGCAGCGCCCCGGUCAUCAGCUGCCGGGUGUGUCAGAGCGCCAUCUCCGUGGAGGGGAAGACCCACCAGCACGUGGUGAAGUGCGGCAUCUGCAACGAAGCCACGCCGAUAAAGAACGCUCCCGUGGGGAAGAAGUACGUCCGCUGUCCCUGUAACUGCCUGCUGAUCUGCAAGGUCACGUCUCAGAGGAUCGCCUGUCCCAGACCGUACUGUAAACGCGUCAUCAACCUGGGGCCGGUCCACAUCGGCAGGGACAGUCCCGAACCGCAGCGUCAGCCCGUCGGCGUCAGGGUCAUCUGUGGACACUGCGCCAACACCUUCCUGUGGACAGAGUUUUCAGACCGCACCCUGGCUCGAUGUCCGCACUGCCGUAAAGUCUCUUCCAUUGGCCGGCGGUACCCCAGGCGGCGGAGCCUGCUGUGCUUCCUGCUGUUCGUGGUGCUGGCGGCCUCCACGGCCGGACUCCUGGUGGGGACCUGGACCCCCGCCAAGGACUCCAAGGCGAUCUACGUGGCGUGGGUGCUGCUGGCCGCGCUCACGCUCUUCGUCCUGGCCCGGACCGUCUACUGGAGGUGUCUGAAGAUCAGCGACCCCAUUUCCAACGUGACGUAGAGGCAGCAUGGAGAGAGGAGGUGAGAGAGAGAGAGAGAGGGCCGGAGGGAGGAGAGCAAACCUUUAACGUCACGUCCGCGGCGAAAGACGGCCGG